UGUUUAAUCGUCCUCGUUAUUUUGGGGUUAAUUAUGCAUCAGAUGCACUUGAACAUGCUUAAUAACCAUCUGCAAUUUCAUGCUGUGGGCUUUCUUUCUUUCUUUCUGAAUCCAUGGGCGUUUCGUUGUCAUUGUGUUUUUGGCUAAACGAAACUGCUUUCUAGAAUUCUUUUUGGACUUUUUUCUGUCAAAUCAGGAGAUUUGAACAAAUACAUGCGGCUUUGGAUUGCUUCUUGCAUUGCAUACGUAUGAAUAUGACAAAUAGGGAAACAAACUAGCUCUUGCUGCAAACAAGACAGAGGAAGAGAAGAAAUGGAUUACAGCCCAAGUUGCAAGGACAAGAAAAGAAGCGUAGACCAUUCCAUGCUGCUAUGCUGCAGGAUAUGGAUUUCGGAGUCACGCAACCACAGCUCUUUGCAAGCCAUUGAAGGAGCUGCUAAGCAGGACCCAGAGUCGGUCAUUGUCAACAAGUUUGAGGACCGAGCUUACAAUAGAGUUCGAUACACCAUCGUAUCAUAUGUAGUGCAUGACAGCACAGGAAAUGCCAUAUAUAGCCCACUGCACCAGACAGUCAUAGCCAUGGCUGAGGCUGCUUAUGGAGCCAUCAACUUUGAGCUGCAUUCCGGGGCUCACCCUCGGUUAGGGGUUGUCGAUGACAUUCUCUUCCAUCCACUUCGCCGGGCAUCAUUAGAUGAAGCAGCAUGGCUUGCCAAGGCUGUGGCUUUGGACAUCGGAAGUAGAUUCCAAGUACCAAUAUUUCUAUAUGGUGCGGCACACCCAACAGGCAAGGCUCCUGACACCAUCAGACGAGAGCUUGGUUUCUACAGACCCAAUUUCAAUGGCAUCCAAUGGGCAGGCAGGACCAUGCCAGAAAUCCUACCCGAGAAGCCUGAUGAAGGCCCGACAAUCGUGCCUAGAGCAAGAGGGAUUACGCUGAUCGGAGCAGGUCCGUGGUUUGCCAUGUAUAACAUACCCAUAAUGUCCACUGAUGUCUCUGCUGCUCGAAGGAUAGCAAGAAUGGUAAGUGCCAGAGGAGGUGGGCUACCAACUGUGCAAUCCUUAGGACUUGUUCAUGGUGAGGAUUCCACCGAGAUAGCUUGCAUGCUUCUACAGCCCAACCAGAUUGGAGCUGACCGGGUCCAGAACCGGGUUGAAAUGCUAGCCGCUGAAGAAGGCUUUGAUGUUGAGCAAGGCUACUUCACUGACUAUUCACCAGAGAUGAUAACUGAAAAGUAUAUGAAGUUAAUCUCUGCUGCCAAGGACUAAAACAAGAAAAACCCUGAUUGGUUAAAGGAAAGCUCUCAGCUUGGAUAAUAUAGUUCCAAAACGAAAUGUUGAAUAAAUGUAAUGGAUAUCCAAAACUCAUUCAGGCCCUUCAAGACUGUAUGACUUGUAAAGUGGAAAUUGUACCCGUAAUUGCAUGUUCUGCGACUACAUAUUAAAAACAAAAUUCUGGGACUUUGCAUGAACCGUGUAAUCUAUGGAAUACAUUAAUGUACACUUGGGUAAUCGAGUAUCAUAUAUUUCAUGUA